GCCUGUGCCUCCACCGAGUGGAUGGUCAGUCAGUUCUACGUCUGUCGCUCAUCAUCGAGGCGCUGCAAUCCUUCAAGGGAGUCACAGAGAUUUUUCCCCAUGUUCAAGAGCUGUCCUUCCGUGGCGAAUGGGCCUGCAGAGGGGGUAAAGAUGCAUUGCGUGACCUCAUGUCCUGGCAAGCUAGCCUUCGCAGCCUCACAUUCGAUAUUGUUGCUGGGACAAUGCGGCUACACAGCUCCAGCUUGGAGCGUUUCAAGGCGCUCGAAGAAGUUCGGUUGCACCUGCAUGCCUCCCGGAGAGAUUUGGUUGCUUUGGGCGGCCUAGUGAACCUUCGGCAGCUUGUUUUCUGGGGCACAGAUGAGAACACCACGGAUGCUGACCUUGUCAACAAAGCCUUCGGAGUUUUGGACCUCUCCAGUUGCAGGCGCCUUCGGGUGCUGGCCUUCAGGUCGAUGUCCUUCUGCCAUCCCGAGGAACAGGACCAUCAGGGCUGUAUGGCCCUGGCUUUUCCCUCCUCUUUGGAAGAGAUGGUUGUCGUCAAUGACAUUGAUCCUCUCUCUGGCCUGACACCGAAACUGCGCCACCACAUCCGGGGGCGACCCAUUCACCUGGCCGAGUAUGCGAGAAGCCAUGCGAGCUGUCACGGACAGGAGCGGUUCAAGUUGAUUUGUACGGAGACGCAGAUGCCCGGAACUCCCCUAUGGGAGCUGGAUUCUGCAUUCUGUCGGCAGACUCCCGAAGAAAUCGAAGAGAGGCGCUUGAGCCACCUGCAGCUGCUGAACGCACAG